UCUAGCACACAGGCUUUCCUGUACACUGAGAGGCAAGUACAGGCAAACUAAAGGGACAGUUCAGUCAUAGACUUCAGACUGAGACGGUUUACCGGCGCAUAGAGAAAGAUAAUCUACAACUUUAUGGAUACUACUGCUCAACUUGUCGGAGCAGUCGGGAAUGCUUGUGUGAAAGGCAGGUGAACUCUGCUCUCCCAGGGAGAUUACAGCAGGACUUCCAGCCACUGAACAGCUUGAAUUCACUUGCAGCGUCAUGGGAAUCUUGCUGGCACAGAGGAGCCGGCACUGUACUACUCACAACAUAGUAGUAGCAGACUUUAUGUUAUGAUAGUAUACUUUGUAGAACUGGUUUGCAAUUCAAUAAACAGGAAUACAGGAUAGUGUUGUUACACUUGGCGGGCUCCUGGAGAAGGUAAGAGGAGCUGGCGAGAUUUGUCCGCACAAAGGCCUUUUGUCCCCAGCCAGCAGCAGUGGUGGACUAGCAGCAGCUUGGAUAGCUGGAUAUGGGGACAUCUUUAUUGGAAACCUUUUGCCAGAGUUGCCACCUGUUUGGGUUUGCCUCUCUUUCCUCUCAGUUUGUCUGACACUUUGAGCAAAAAUGGAAAAUGCAAGUAAUAAGUCAGAUGGAGCGGGGAAGCAGAGCUCCGGUUUGCUCAUGAAUGUGUUCAGCAGUUUCUUUGGCCAAGAAAGACCUGCUUCGGAGUCGCCCGUGCUGACAUCUUUCAAGGAGCUGUCAGAUGAGAAUAACCCUCUUCCUGAAGGCGGUCAAACUACUUACAGUAAGAACAAGCUCCAAGAGAGAGAAGAUAUGCAUCAAGAUAAUGUGACUGCUUCCUCUGGUACAGGGCAAAGUGCUGAGUCAUUGGAAAACAGCAAGGAGUCUGGCGACAAAGUUAAAACGGCAUCAGUGGCUCCAGUUGACCUGGAUCUGGUCCAGGUCACUAUGGUGGAAACAUAUAGUGACAAUGAGGAAAAUGAGGAUGAGGAGGCAGCCUGCAGCAGCCGUAGUAAAUCGGAGAAGCCUGCCAUGACGAAGGAGUCUACCCCACCUGAGGAGGAUAAUAACAAAGUGGAGCAUAAUGAUGAGGAUCCCGCUGAGGCUGAGGCAGAGUACCAAAUGCCUGUGUUUAGAACACACGGAUUAAGGGGAAGAUCCCGCAUAGAAGCUAUGCUUUUUCCAGACAGGUACCCCAGCGGAAAGGACUCUGGGACAGUUCCUGUUUCCAAACAAGAAGAAGGCUCUAUGAGUCCCAAAGAGAGCAGAACCACAGUGUCUUCGGACGUAGAAAAACCAGAUGCUGGAGAUAAAAGUAGAGACAGCGUGGGUGCAGAAGAGGAUAAAGAGUUUGUCGCCGUAGAUUGUUCUCUUCCUGUUCCUGCCAUCAUUGCCGGAAGCCCAGUUUUGGAGGCCCCAGGUGAUGAUGCUGCCACAGCCUCUCCUUUAAAAGAGGACUCUAUUUCACAGGAGGAGAAGACCGGUGACAAAAUGGCUAAGGCUGAGGAGGAGACUAAGAAAGAACCUCACUCAAGCAAGGUGUCUCUCUCGGUUUCCUCGAUCCCUAAGGCUUCUGAAGUCUUAGUUCAAUCCUCCUCCAGUUUAAAGGAGCAGUCAGAAGCUGCUGGUGAAAAAACUAAAAAACGUUCCUUGUCAUCCACACCUGAAAAGUCCACAGUUGUCAUCCAGCCAAGGGCCAGUCCUGCCUCACAGCGCACAACUGCUCCAAAAACCCCAGAAGCAAAAAAAACACCACCUCCAGCUUCAUCUACCCCAUCCUCCUCCCCAUCAAGGGGCACAGCACUGUCUUCGCCCCCUUCCUUCCAGAUGCCGGCUCUCUUCAGUGGGCUGCGGGUGCUGAAGAAAGGAGCGGUGGGGGAGGACAGGGAGUCGGUGUCAGAGAUCAAGCAGAGCGAGAAGGAUGCUGACCUGGCCCUGCUCAGCCUGAAGAAGACGGUAAACAAAGCCAAGCUGUUCCCCGAGCAGAAGACCCCCUCUCCAGCCAGAAAACAUGCAGAGCCUAAACCAGUUUUGGACACGAAAAGUACUGUGAUGGGACAGCUCAGCCACCUGCUCAACAGAGACAGCCGCGAAGAGACCAAAAAGCCAGAUGUGCAGCAGGAUGCUAAUCCAGAACGCGGCAGAAAGGAGUCUGAGAAUGGAGAAGAGGUUGUGGGGGAGACGGUUUUAAGCCCAGAAACACCCACCUCUACACCAGAGAAAAAGAAAACCUCAGACCUGGCCUACGAAACCUUUAGGAACAUCUUCGGCCCCAAAGGUGUCAAAAAGGACAAAGCUGACGACGUCGAUCUGGAUGCAGUGAGAAAGAAAAUCAAAAAUGACAAAGAAAAUCUGAGGUCGAUUUUUGAGAGGGCAUCCAAAUCCCCUGGCAAGGAACUCGGCAGUCCCACAGAGGCUAUUGCGGAGGUCACGUCCCCUACAGACAGCGAGGACCGAACACCAGGGCGUCUUCAGGCUGUGUGGCCCCCACCCAAAACUAAAGAUGAGGAAGAGAAGGUGGGCCUCAAAUACACCGAGGCAGAGCACCAGGCUGCCCUCUUGCAGCUGAAGAGAGAGUGCAAGGAAGAUCUGGAGAGGAUGCAUUCCGACUUUGAGCUCAAAAUGUUCCAACUGCGAGGAGAGCAUGCUGUCUCCAUGUCACAGCUGGAACUAGAGAUCUCUAAGAUGCAGAGAGACCGGGGGUACAGUGCAGGUCAUUUGAGGGGGGAGGUCCGGGACGCUGCGACGUCCACCACAGAUGACCUCAUAUCCAAGACCUACCGCACCGUCAGCAUCCAGACGGACAGGGAGAGCUUCAUCAGGAGCCCCGAGGGGGAGGGGGGCGUUCAGAGCCCCAACCAGAAUGUGCCAAAGAAACUCAACCUUGACUCCAUGGGUCUGAAUCAAAAACCUGAAGCAGCCCCAGGGCCUUCUGGAGCACCCCCGCCCCCGCCACCUCCUCCCCCUCUCCCACCAGGCCUCUCAGGACCACCACCACCUCCUCCUCCUCCUCCCCCUUUACCAGGCACCACUGGGGCACCGCCACCACCCCCUCCACCACCUCCGCUCCCUGGAGGUGGUCCGCCGCCGCCACCCCCUCCCCCUCCUGGCCUACCUGGUUUUGGCCCCCCACCACCUCCUCCUCCCCCUCCCGGCCUACCUGGUUUUGGCCCACCACCACCUCCCCCUCCCCCUCCUGGCCUACCUGGUUUUGGCCCACCUCCUCCUCCACCUCCACCAGGCGGAGGCCCGCCGCCUCCUCCCCCUAUGGGGGGCUUCAGUUUUGUCCCGAAGGUGGAGAAGGCCCCAAGGAAAGUUGCAGUGGAGCCAGCCUGUCCCAUGAAGCCCCUGUACUGGACCAGGAUACAGAUACAGGACAAUAACAACAACACACUGUGGGGUUCUCUGGAGGAACCAAAUCUCGACGCCAUUGAGUUUGAGGAGCUUUUCUCCAAAGCCACGCUGCAGCCAAAGAAGAAACCCCUGUCGGACACCUUUGAGAAGAAAGCCAAAACUAAGAAGAUUAUCAAGCUGCUGGAUGGGAAGCGUUCGCAAGCAGUCGGCAUUCUAAUAUCGAGCCUGCAUCUGGAGAUGAAGGACAUUCAGCAAGCUGUGCUUACUGUGGACAACUCUGUGGUGGAUUUGGAGACCAUAGAGGCUUUAUUUGAAAAUAGGGCCACCAGUGAUGAGUUGGGCAAGAUAACGAAACAUUAUGAGAAUGCAAAGGAAGAUGAAGUCAAACUGCUGGACAAACCCGAACAGUUUCUCUAUGAGCUCUCCCAGAUUCCCGACUUUGAGGGCCGAGCCCACUGCAUCAUCUUCCAGGCAGUUUUCCUCGAUACCAUCUCCUCCAUCCGGCGCAAGGUGGAGAUCGUCUCCAAUGUCAGCAAAGAACUGUUGGAGUGUGACAGCUUGCGGGAAGUGAUGGGUCUUGUUCUGGCCUUUGGGAACUAUAUGAAUGGAGGGAACAGGACCAGAGGUCAGGCUGAUGGCUUCGGACUGGAGAUCCUUCCCAAAUUAAAGGACGUCAAGAGCAGGGACAAUCGGAUGAACCUGGUGGAUUAUGUUGUUUUGUACUACCUGCGUAAUUUUGACAAGAACGCUGGCACAGAUAAGAGUGUGUUCCCUAUGCCUGAGCCUCAGGAUUUCUUCCAGGCUGCUCAGGUUAAAUUUGAAGACAUCACCAAGGACAUGAGGAAGCUGAAAAAAGAUUUGACUGCUUGUGAAAAGAACGUGCAGAAGGUGUGUGCUAACUCGUCGGAAGAAAACCUCCAGCCCUUCAAGGAGAAGAUGGCCGGAUUCGUCUCUGCUGCUCAAACGGAGCAUUCAGCUGAGGAGGAAAGUCUGGAUUUGGCGCAAAGAAGUUUCCAGGACACAGUGAGCUACUUUGGGGUGAAGCCAAAGUCCGGAGAGAAAGACGUGGCCACGAAUUUAGUUUUUAUGCUUUGGUACGAGUUUUGCAACGACUUCAAGAACGCCUGGACACGACAAAACAAGAACAUCUCCAAGGAGAAGUUAAAGGAAGCUCAGGAAAACAUCAAGAAGAUCACAGCGGAGAAGAGAGUGGAAACCAAGAAGAUCAAUGCCAACAGUCUGAAAGAGAGGCUGCGGCAGAAGGAGGCUGGCGUGUCUUCCAGCUGAGUGAAAUCGCAGCAGAAGAAGAAACAAGGAGUGGUAGGAGAAGAUCGUAGAUCAGAAGGCCUCAUUGUGUGUGUUUUCCACCUGCCUCAACAACAGCGGUCUGCUCUUCACUCUCUCUACAGACUCACAAAAAAAACCUCGCCGGACAACUACUGCGGUUCUCUGUUUACUAACACCCACACAUCCCCACCCUACCCUCCGAUGCAUGGCUGCGCACAGUCCAAGUGAUGAGAGUCUUAAAGGCCAAAGAUCGAUCUCAUUCAUCCGGCAGGGCGCGACCUCCGAGUGCCCAGCUUGUGAAAGGUCUCAAGGGGUCAGUGGGAUUCACAGCUGACGCAUCCAAGAGGUUCCUUCUUGAUCUACAAGAGCUGAGAAAUCAUUUGUUUCUGACGUAAGAGAGCAGAGUGAUAACGCUGCUAGAUUCUUCAAAGACGGUGCACAUACGGCUGCCUGAAAAGGAAAAUCCCCAUUGACAAACUAAAAAUCUGUGUCUGGAAGCGGUUGUUCCUAGCUUUUCAUUCCCCACGGCUCAUUAAAAGUCUUAGUAAAUAUGUCAUGUUGUAGAAUCUGCAGGGCCCGUGCAGCAGCAGGAGGAUGAUGAAUGAUCCGCGCCAUGGCUUCAUGAGCAGAUUAAGACAUGUUGUGUAUAAAUGUGUGUGCACACAAAUUGUGGAGGUUUCACUGUUUCGUGUAGCACUGCACCAGACUGACCUCUCCUGGGUGGGGCCAGAGAAGGGGCCCUCAAACACACACAGAGGUACUUCAAAACAUCAGAAGAAAACAGCACAUUUUGCCGUUCACCCAGUCAUCACAGAUAUUAAAUAUAAAUUGUUAGUCCUUCAUUGAGUGUCACCUUUAAGCACUUUACUGCUUGCUGUAGCUGUAUGUUGUAGCUCGCUAUUAGCUACACUCCCCUGGUUAUGCUAACUGCGUGCAUUUUUCAGAUGUCCUCUUUUCCUAUGCAAGGGUACCCUUUCCUUGUUAGAAGUUUUAUGAAUUUUACGGCUUUAUGAUUUAAACGUGUUCGAUUACAUUUUUUAUGAGAAAGUCUAGGCAAGUGUGUGUUUUGUUAUCUGAAAUGUAAGAUGUAACCACACUCCUGUGUCAUUCAAGAAAAGUCUAUUUAUGUAAGGAAAGAUUUAUUUUCUGCCAAAAGGCAUCAGCGUUGGUCCCUUCGAGGCUGUAUUUUUAUGAGUUGUAAUUGGCUGAGAAGCUGCGUGGUUAAAUCAGAAGAAAGAUAUAUUUUCACAUGGAUGUUGUGCCCGAGAUGUUGAAUGUCGGUGGAGAUUUGCCUUUUCUCUUUAGUUUUGGAGAGAUGAGGAUUGUAUUUUUGGGUAUUGAGAACAUUUUAGUACAUCACCUAAAGCCAUGCGAGUUGCUAUAUCUCAGACAGACUUCUAUUAUCAGAGAAUCCAUCAAAUUGCACCUUGAAUUACUAUUUUUACCCUCCUAAGUCUUUCACCUGUGCCAUUUAUUUUGUAAAAAGAUAGAUAUUUCAUGAAAUGCUAUGUUUAAAUACUGACAAAGGAACUGCUGUAGCCUCUACUGUAUGUAUGUAUGUAUGUAUGUAGCUCUCUUGUAGGUGCUCUGUAAUUUUAUGGAAUUGUUUUAAAUUUCGAGAUUAAAGUACUGGAUGCCGAACAAACUGGA